AUGGCGUCUCAUUCAAGCAGAAGUGACAGUUUCUCACGUUUUUUGGAUGUAUUAAAGUCAGUUCUUGCUCAAACACAGAGCCUUUUUGAAGAAGGACCGUUAUCCGAUAACCGUGUAGCUUCUUUAGAUGCUCUUGAAAACUUGUCAAUAAAAAUGGAUGAAAUUUGCGAGACGUUGGUCGUAUUCCUGAAUAGCUUUAUAAAUCCUACAGAUGACCCUUUGUGGGAGCAAUUAUAUCAUCUAUUAUGCGUUUUUCACGGAAUAAAAAAGUAUAUAGAAGAAGAAACUAACAAGCUUCGUGAGGACGAAGAAAAUGCAGAGAUGCGUACUUCGAGUGUUGUAGGCACCAAUAAUGGAGGCCGUCCUAGGUAUGAAAUUGAUGAAGAACAGGUAAUGUUCUUACGAUCAAAGCAUUUUACAUGGAAGAAAAUCGCGCAAAUUUUUGGUAUUUGUGACCGUACUCUACGACGGAAACGACAGGAGUUUACUGCAAGAACGGAAAACUUUAGUGAUAUAUCUGAGGCUGACCUUUGUGAAGUAAUUGAGAGUAUUCGUUUUCUGACCCCCAAUAUUGGACAAUCUCGCUUACUUGGGGCUCUUAGAUGCAGAGGACUUACCAUUCAAAGAUGGAGGGUACGACAUUGCCUAAGAAAAUUAGACCCAGUGGGCACAGCAUUGCGUGGUCAUGUGGCUAUCUACAGAAGGAAAUACAAUGUACCAUACCCAAAUUUUCUUUGGCACCUGGAUGGUAAUCAUAAACUCAUUAACUGGAGAAUGGUUGUGCAUGCUUGCAUUGAUGGCUUUAGCAGAAUGGUAAUUUAUGUGUCAUGCCAAAACAACAAUUUAGCUUCUACUGUUUUUAAUUUAUUUCUUGACGGUGUUUCCAAGUAUGGUUUGCCAAAAAAGAUAAGAACUGACCAUGGGUUAGAAAAUGUCCAUGUUGCUAGGUAUAUGCUUCAGCAAAGAGGUACAGAUUGUGGCAGUGUACUUACUGGAAGAUCAGUGCAUAAUGUAAGAGUGGAGCGACUCCAUAGGGAUGUGCAUUCUGGUGUUCUCUGCCAUUAUGCUUUACUUUUCACUUUUAUGGAAGAAGAAGGUUUACUCAAUGUUGAUAGUGAAGAGCACUUGCUAGCUCUUCAGGAAGUAUUUAUUCCACGCAUCAACAGGAGCCUCAAUGAAUUUGUGAACCAAUGGAACAGCCAUCCAGUUAGCAGUGCUGGGCAUCAGAGCACAGAGCAGAUGUUUAUUACCGGUUCGUUAAAUUCUGCUACUUCCAUUCAUGGUAAUGAAGAUUCACCUGCUGAGUCUGAUGAGACAGUAGGGGCUGGACUUGCAGAAGAUGACAUGCUGGAUCCUGAUUUCAUUGUACAAGAAGAGCUUUAUGCAGUAUUUGUUCCACAAACCGAACUUGAAAUUCCCAGCAAUCUAAGCAGUGAACAGUUUUUAACUGAUGAUGGCAAUUAUGGAAUUAAUCAUUUUAUCACAUGUUUACGAGCAAUACAAGAAAACAAUUAA